AUGCUAACCGUUUUGGCGCUUCGACGGCCUGCCCAAAGAAGAGACAGCUUUUUGACGCCGCUUUUGUAUGAAAAGGUAAUUUCUACUUUGUGGGGCACCAGUGAUUUCACUUAAAAGAGCAGAAAUCACAGCUUGCAAGUGCAUUUCCGUUAAUUUCUCAGAGUCAGUUCAAUUUCCAGCUGUCACGCAGUCGUUUGCUCUUUACCAGUACUAUUUUACUCCUAAAAACUGUGCACUUGUUCAUUUUGACAGAGAAAUAAUGUUCUGAAAGUUUAACAGUGAAACCUCGGGCAGCAGCAAAAACGUUUGAAAACAUGAAAAACAAUAUCUGGAUAACUUUAGUACUUAGAAAAUCUCAACACGGCCCGUCAAAACUUGUCAGUCUGGACCGAGCUGAGAGAAAAUUUAGCGGAUUUGGCACGGAAUGCAAAAAAUGUAAAAAAUGUGUGUACAGGAUAGUUUGAACAGAAAAUAUACAUUUUUCCGUGUGUCUGGGCUGCGUGGCCCUGAUCGUAUACAAGUUAGGUCCUGUCGGUUGUCGUGGGUGACAAGGGAGCGGCUCUUCUCCAUUAACCCCCUGAUUUAUCGACGCUUCACAUCUCAUCUCUUCCGCGCAAUUUCCAUCGUACUAGUUCGUUUUUCCGCGCCCACCCUUCCGCCUCUUCCUAGAUGUAUUUCAUCGAGUCCACACCCCCUUGCCUCAUCCCAUAACGCCCUUCCAUCCAUUCACUAAAGCGUCUUCUCACCCCAGCUGGCUUCACUCUUUUGACCUACAUCUAAGACGAUAAAGGAAAUAGAAGAAAACAGAAAAAAAGUCUUUCUGGAAAACGCUUCUCUAUUCAUAGUCAGCCAAUUGAAAUGACCUUGUGAUGGCAAACCGAGUUUGGCCAAGACCUCUCCAUAUUCUCUGACUCAUUCGUCAUCGCUUCGGACGAUAUACUCCCGCGCUCGCAUGGUUCUCUAUGUCCGACUCGUCUAUAAAGUAAUGUUGACUCUUGGCGAACACAAAAAUGGGAGGUUGGGGAAUGAAUAGGCGUUGUGCUUUCCUUUGGUGCCGUUUUGAAACAUGAGAACUUUUAUUGUGAAAAACAAGAACGGAACAAAACAACAAACCACUUUUUGCAGGUUCCCAUGAGCUCCGGUUGUGAGCUCUGGAUCGGGGCCGCCCGAUGGUUACGCGACCUCAACGUGCUCACCAAUGACAAAAACGGAACUAUGCUCGAAUUCGCGUCGGUACUCAGGUAUGCCUUGACUUUUUCGUCUCUUUUUUAAAAUACUUGAUAUUGUUUCAGAGAUGGAGUGCUGCUUUGCCGUCUUGCCAACACCCUGGUCCCAAAUUCAGUGGACCCAAAGGAGAUUAUGAAGACGCAGCAGCAAUCACAGGUAGGAUUUGCAUAAAGAAACAGCAAAGUAGACUAGUUUCAGUUCGCCUGCUUCAACAACAUCAACUUCUUCGUGGACUUCUGCCGGACACACUUCAAGCUGGCCGAUGCGGACCUUUUCACCCCGGCCGAUCUCUUCCACAUGACUGGCUUUCAGAAAAUACUCAAAACCCUGUCGAUAUUGUCGAAUUCUGAGGAAUCUGUCAGCCGAGGCGUCGAGUAAACAUAUUUUUCACUAAUAUCAAAGUAUAGACAUCAAUUUUUUACAGGCCCUUCCCGGAAAUCGACAAAAACAUGCAGGGAACCUCGAGUGCUCCGGAGUUUGUGGAUGACGAGGAGAUUUAUCAAUCCCUCCAUGAUAACAUUGAGAACAUUGACCCCGAUCGGACCAUCUACGGUCCUAUUACAAGUACGGAUCCCGAGGAACACCAGUCCGAAGUGCUUUACGACAGAAUUGUGACGAAUCGGAAGCCGAGUCUCAAUGAAAACGAUGUACGUUCCAUUCAAAAAGUUUGUGAAAAAUUACAACGCCAACUUUCAGCUCCAGAAUACGCCGACACUGAAGCGAAAUCGAUGUAUACGCGAAUUGUACGAUACCGAGAAGAACUAUGUGACGCAGGCUCUCGCGACUAUAAUCAAGACGUUCUACGAGCCGCUGAAGGGAAUCAUUCCGACUGACGCCUACAAUGUCAUUUUUGGGAAUAUUGAAGAGAUCAACACUCUGCACGCGGCACUCUUGGAGGAUUUGCACUGGCCGGUCGAAGUGGCUUUUGGUACCGGGGACGGACAGCCUUCGAGACCGACGACGUUGAGUGAGCCACCUCCUCAGACGAUCGGAGAGGUUUUUAUCAAGUGAGUGUUAAUCAAAAAAGUUUCACGGGCCGGGUCGGGCCGGUAUAGUUAAGCCGAUACAGUAAAAUGACUGGAUGUUGGUAGUAGGCGCAUUCUUUGUAAGUGUAUGCAUAUUUUAAAAAAACACACUUGACCGAAAGUGUUUUUUUUGUUAUCAUUUCAAACACGAGACGUAUGUUGGAAAAAUAACGGAACCGUUGUGAUUUCCGGACAAUAAAACAGUUUCGGAAUAGUUCUUCGAAAAGUUUUUGCUUUGAAAUCUGAUGAACAAAGUUACGAAAUGAAUAACCGAAUAAACGUUAUUCCAGGUACCGCGACCAGUUCCUCAUCUAUGGAAAGUACUGCAGUAACCUGCCAGAAAGUCGGAAGACGUGCAACGAACUCUUGAAGACAAACGAGUUCAUUUCCAAGAAUAUUGAAGAGCUUACGGCUCAGGGAAAUUGCAAGUUCGGCCUGAACGACCUUCUGUGCGUGCCAUUCCAGCGAGUCACCAAAUACAAACUCCUUUUACACGUAAGAUCUCGGAAAAAAAUCUUUACAAUACUUGUUUUUUUUUUCAGGAGCUUGUCAAAAAGACUGAUAUGGCAAGUGCGGAUCGGAAGAGUCUCAUAGAGGCGGCUGAAGUCAUGGAGGAUGUGUGCAACUACAUCAACGAAGAGUCCAGAGACACAAGUUCGAAAAAAGUGAUUGACGAGAUUGAGCAGAGCAUCACUGACUUGUCAAUGGUACUUUUGUUGUACAUGCUCAUCAUCAUAAUAUCGAUUUUCAGCCGACCAACGUGAAACUCCAUGACUACGGCCGAGUGAACACUGACGGUGAAGUCAAAAUGGCCGAGUCAACGCUCACCACUUUCGGAAAACCAAAACAACGCUACGUGUUCCUGUUCGACAAGGUGAUCGUCGUGUGCAAAGCAGCCAGCAAGGUAUCCACAAAAGAUCGGAGUCCUGGAACUUCAAGCAAGGCCAACACAUUUACGUACAAGAACGCGUACGUGAUGUCGGAGCUGAGCAUCGAUCAGAAUGUGUCGAUUGACACCAAGUCCGGAGGGACCAUCACGCGGCGAACCCAAUACGUCAUUCAUAUGCAUCGCGAUCGCACCGACAGCAAUGAGAUUGUCCAGUUGACGUUUUAUUUCAAGAACGAGACGUCACGAACAAAAUGGCUCAAAGCGCUGCUGGAAUCGAAGUGAGUACCAGAGUUUCCUUGUUAAGAAAUUAAAAAUAAACUGACACAUACAUACGCUUUUCAAAUUCCAAAUCUCAGAAAUGCCGAGGACUUUUCUGCGCGCUGUUCCGUUCAUAGGCAUUUCUGAAAGUUAGGGUAUUCUCUUAGGCAUGUUUCUUGAAAUUAUUCCUUAGCCCCUUUUAGCAUUUAUUUUACCUUUUUUUCAGAACAAACGUCUCGCCAACCGAACAUCUCCGCGACACCAACCACAAGGUGGCGUACACAAGUUUUCGCGUCGACAUCAAAUCCCCGCUGACAUGUGAUGUGUGUGAGAAACUGAUGAAAGGAUUACGCUACCAGGGAUACAAGUGCGAAUGUGAGCAAUGUUCAUAUAAACGGAAUUUUUAAAAUUUUUCUCGUUUCAGCCUGCAACAUGGUCAUGCACAAAGAUUGUCUAGGCCUAAAAAGAUGUGAGGCUAGACGCAAAUCGACACAUGAGACCAGAAGCUCGCAAAGCUUCAACCGACCAAGGACCAACGGCAGUUCUCAUAGUGAGUGGAGAAAACAUUAAUUGACCAAUAAUUAUUCAAUUUCAGUUCACAACGGCGACAUUGUGAUGGCCACUUCGAACUUCACUCCGUCCGACCUCACAUUCCUGCAGUUCUCCACCGGCGACCGUAUUGAAGUGAUCGAAAUGCAGGGAGUUAAUCGGUUCACGGGCUGUCUCGUCAACAACCGUACUCGAACUGGACUCGUCCACACCAGCCACGUCUCUCAGACUCGGGUUCGUUUCCACUUUUGUUUGCAUGGGAGUAAUAGAGAUGUACCCGAUGUUUAGACACCAGUUAGUGUCUUCUCUUUGUCUCCGUGCACCUGAACAUCUGUGAAAUUUGAAAUGAGCCAGGCUCUCGCUCUCUCUUUUUCCUCUACUAUCGCUUGUUCAGUGCCGUCCUCGCGGACCGCUCGGUGUGACUCAUCUCACUUUGCACACUUUAUGGGCGGAGCGAGCACACUUUCAAUGUCAAUCAGACGGCUUGCGAGCCAUACAGAUUGAACACUUUUAUUGCUUUUCUCCUAAUGCACGCCGACAUUUUCAUCAUUCUUUGCAGACGCACUCGAUGAUCGGACUAAGCCCUCUCGAUUCGCCGGCCGGAUCGAUCGUCCCGCGUGUCGACCGCAGAGAAACGACGACAGUGUUGCCGACACGACCUGAGACUUUGUUAUCUGAUGGGUAAGUCGAUUCACCAGCGACAAAAUUCAUUCCUGACAAAAAUUUCACACUUUAUCCGGUUCUAUUCUAUUCGGAAUGGUAUUCAUAGUUGCAACGUGAGUGAAUCUAACGUCACUAGGAGCAUAGGAGCACCUUUGUGCCCGUAUGACUAACUGUUAGCUCAGGUGUUCUUUCUCAUCCGGCACGUGUUUGCACAAAAGCAGGUGCUAAUAGUUUCACAGAAAAAUAUCAUAGACGUUGAACUUUUUCGAAAAAUGUUGGUCUAUUUUCCAGACAUGUCUUGCUUUUUCAAUGUUUCUGUAGAUAUGAAUAGGUAUUCACACAAAAUACCUCUAAUUGAAACCAAUUUUUUAGUGGUGCCCGGAGCACGAGUAGCCAAGGAGCAUUCACAGCUCGUAGCUCGAGAGCCUCUUCUUCAUCGACGAUCAACGGAACAGAAAUGCCACGUCAGCAAGACUAUGUGAACACGGAAAUAUCCGAAUUUCCCUGGUACAUGGGAGAUAUGGAACGGGCAAAAGCGGAGAACACGUUGAAAGGAACGCCGAACGGAACUUUUCUGGUCCGAUUCAGUAAGAACCGAAAGCAGACGGCCAUUAGCUUGAGGUUAAACUCUAAACGGAGUUCUCUAUUUUAACUUUUUUUUUCAGCUACAAGGGAGAAGUGAAGCACAUGAUAAUCGAGGUGAACAAGGAUGGCAAAGUGUUCCUGGACGAAGAUUACAUCUUCAAUUCCGUGGUGGUGAGUCAAUGUGGACGGUGUUGUGAGAGAAUUCACAUUCACAUGACUGAGUAUUGCCGAGAAUCACAUUUAUUCGAUCUUUCAGGAGCUCGUGCAAUAUUAUCGCGACCACAACUUGAUUGAAAUUUUCCAAGCACUGGACACGUGCCUGAAGAGCCCGUAUCCACAGUGUAAAGUGUUCAAGGCAGUUCACGAUUACGAUCCGCCGCCACCGAACACGGAGGGAAAGUUUUUAUCGUUGAGGACCGGGGAUAUUGUGGUGCUUUUGGACACUGUUGGAGAGGAUCGCGGAUGGUGGAAAGGACAAGUCAAUAAUAGGGUAAGAAAUAAAAAGAACACAUUUCUGGUUCGAGAAAUAGUUGUUACGGUCAAGAAAUGACAAAAAUAACAGUCGUCAGGCUGCUGGGCCGUCAAAAUUUUUCUACUUUCACAAGUUUACUUAUUUCAGACUGGAUUCUUCCCACUCAGCUACGUGAAAGAGUACGAUGCAGUCAAGGAUGGAGCCCAGACUCCGCCCACCCCAACUUCCUCUUCCAACUCUUAA